UAAGAAGGCAAAUUGUGUGUAUUGUAUGUAGCCCCCCGUAAUCCCUUAUACGCGAAUAGUCAUACCCGACACCGAUAAGUUGUAAGUUGUAACGAUGAUGUCGAGUGGAAACCAUGAUCGUCGUCAUGUCACGCCUAUCCACGCUACCACAUGAUCACUGAAAUACCUAGGUGGGUAGAGUAGCUAGCACCGUAAUCCUCAUCCCUGAUUCUCGUACACCACCGUCACCCACUACCCCUCCGCCCCCUCCUCCCGCAACAUGCAUUCCGAUGUCCUCGCCCGAAGUCGACGUGGAAGUACUCGUGCACAUCGCGGCGCCCACCACUGCCGGCUAUGAUAACGUGUACCGUGCACAAGCGGCGGCGACGCUGGAUUUCGUGCCGGUUCGGAGGAUCGAUGUUGGACGCGUUACAUGGCCGAGUAGGAGGUUGUUUUUGGUGGAGGGGGAGGAGGAGCUGGCAAGGUUUAGAGAGCGCAUAGGGGAGGCGGUCAAGAGGCGGGCUGAUGUCGAGGAGGAGGAGGAGGAGGAGGCGAGGCCAACGAAAAGGGCGUGUCGAGUCCCGAUUCCGACUCCGACAUCUUCCAGGCGGUUCCAGAGUAGCAGUCGCUGCUCACAGGUCUCUACUACUUCCAGCGCAAAUGAGCAUUCCUCUUCCCAAGAACCGUCACUGCGACUAUCACCCGUCCGUGCGAUCCAACUCCGGACACCACGUAAGUCCUCACAACUCCACUCGGAGAUCCUCGUACCGCAAGCGAUAGACCGAUCACCAUGCCUACCACGGAACCCGCAAGAAGAGGAGGAGUACAGGAGCCUAUCUCACGCCUUCGACUCGUUCUGUUCGGACUUGAGCAUCCCCGACUCGCUCUCGCAGGUGGCCCCCUCGGUCGUGCCCAGGACCCCAUGGUUUGAGAUGAGAGCGGAUUUGCUAUCACCGUUGGGAGAUCAUGAGCCAUCACAGCAGUUGAUACUAGAGUCUCAGCUGAGUCAAAAUACACCUUCACAGCAGAUACGACGUAGCCAGCGGCUUUGCGAGCGUCACCUGCAGUCCACGCCAGAGCUACCCUCGGCCGCCAGCAGCCAAAUCCAGGUCCCGUCUACUCCCCAUCCCACGCCCAUAUCCUACAUAUCCGCCUUCAGCCGGCAGAUCAAAGGGCCGGUGUUAACAUUUGCCACGCCCGCGCCCGACGCAUCCUCGCUGGUGAUCCCAGCACACUUCUCGCCCGUCCCCGCGUCCGAAAUCAGCGGCGUGCACUCCUCGCCCGCCCAACCGCCGCCGUUCGACUGCGUGUGCCCGCUGCCCACACUCGUCGAGCCGCCUUACGUCAUCAUCGCACCCUUGGCCGACACCUCCUCGUCCCCGCCACAGGUCUCCAACAGCCUCUACGAUCUGGUCAAAACGCAGAUGCCGAGCAAGUUCCACUCGCGCGUCAGCGCCAUCACCCGUCCGCUAUGCCGCUGGGAGCGCGGCCACUGGCUGGUCGACAUGAGCAUCUGGGGCGACCCGCUGCAGAAAGUGCGCUUCUGGCGCGCCGUCAAGGACGGCAUCCUUAAGGGGCGCAUGGGCUGCGCGACCAUGGCGCUCGAGACCGAGGAGUUCGCCGACACCACUGAGAUGUGGGUGCAGGGACGGGAGUGGGAGGCGCCCGGCAGGAGGGAGAUGGAGAGACGGGGGAAUACCGUUAAGGUCUAUUGCUGGGGUGCGACGGCCGAGAUUGUAUGGUGUGUUCUGUAUAUUUUUGGGUACCAUGGUAUUGAUGGAGCCGUGUGGGUGGAUGCGGCGGGGAAGGUGGUGGUUAGGAUGGUUUGAUCAUGGAUGGACGGUUUGAAUUUUUUGGUGUUUGGAUGGCGCAUUCUGGACUGCUUAACUGUUUGCCAUUUUGGUUGAUGGGGAGCGUGCUACAUAAGAUCGAAUGAGAUACCCUUUUGGUACAGUACUAUACAAUCGUGAUGUCGAGCCUACCUA